AAACACUCAUAACUUUUUUAUUUUUCAUCGAUCGGAAAAAACCCUCGGGGCUGCCUCAGCAGAGGAGGACUGCGAGUAAGAUGGCCAAAAAUCAUGGCAAUAUAGGGUAGCGUUUUUUUCUAAAUUCAAUAUACACAGCAGACAGGAAGUGAUCAAGAUGGGACUUUUAGUUAUAUAGAUAUUCCCUUAUCAUGUAUCUGUACACUGUGGACAGCUCGAUUGUAAUCAUGUAUUGUCUUUCCACUGACUGGCUAGCCUACAACAACAGCCUUUCACUGUGAACACUUUAAAAGUCUUUCAGCGGGUGUUGGAUGUACUCAGCGGGCCAGGCAGCAUCUGAGGGGGGAAUGGACAGGUGACAUUUCAGGUCAGAAGGACUCUUCAUCAGUCAAGUCUGUCCAAUCCCUGCACAGCUGCUGCCUGACCCGCCGAGUUCCUCCAGCACUUUGCUUGAGAUUCCAGCCUCUGCAGUUCCUUGUGGCAACAUUGAAAUUACUUCUUAACCCGUGUGGCUCAUUGCGAUUGGGAAAGGGUUUAAACGAAUAAAAGUCUUUGCUUAUAACAUCAUGCUGGAGUUAAUGAAUAUUAGUUAUGAAGGGCUUAACACAAAGCAAAAUAUUCCAGGAAUUAUCACACACAUUAAUCAUGUUGGUCGGUCGAUUGUGAAUUGUUACAAUUCUAUUAAUAACACUGGACAUAGGAUUUUGCUAAUUUGCUCUUGUCUCCGGGGAAUGGAAAGAUCCAUUGGAUUUGCUGGUUUUAUUUCUGCUGCCGGCCAGUGGCUGCUCCCUCUCUCCCUCCUCCCCUCCGCUAGUGCUAUUUGAGCUAGGCACUGCUAUCCAAUCUCACGUACGCCAUGCACAGCUGUUCAGUCUCUGCCUUUGCUCAGCAUGCCUCAGCCACGGUUGCAGACUCACCUGCCAUGCUCUCAUGCUCCCUCCUCUGCCUACUGCCUCUGCUCCUCUCCCUUCUCCCCACCGGGUCAAGCUGCCCAGACGGGUGCUCCUGCAAGGAUUCUCACACCAUUGACUGUCAGGACCUGGGGCUCCUCCAAGUCCCCUCCGGCAUCUUCCCUCUGGUCGUCAGGAAGAUCCUGAUGAGCAACAACCAGAUCCAGGAGAUACCAGCCGAUUUCUUCAUGUACUACGGAGACCUGGUCUACCUGGAUCUCAGCAACAACUCCCUGUCUACCAUCAGCAAAGGGACCUUCAGCACCACCAGACUGAUCUACCUGGAUCUCAGGUACAACAACUUCUCCCGGCUGAGCUCCGGAGCCUUCAGCUCGGCACGCCGGCUGAUCAUGCUUCGACUGGGGAACAAUCCGAAGCUGGAGGAGGUGGACAAGGAGGCUUUCCACAGCCUGAACGUUCUCCAGGUUCUGGAGCUGAACGACAACGCACUGGAGACCCUGAGCGUCACCACCCUCAGCUCCUUGCCAUCUCUCCGCACCCUGAGGCUCGAGGGCAACCCCUGGCUCUGCAAUUGUACCUUUGCUAAUCUCUUCCUCUGGCUGAAGGACAAUGUUGAUAUUCUCCCCACAGGCUUUGAUGCCAUCCAGUGCUCCCUGCCCCAGGAUCGGAGGAAGAUCACUCUCAACGAGCUAUCUGAGAACAGCUUCAACGAGUGCGAGUAUAAUUUAACGUUGACGGACUACCUGAUCAUCUUCUUCUCCGGAGUGUGUGUAUCCAUCACUGCCAUCACCACCAGCUUCUUCUUGGCCAAUAUUGCCCAGUGUUUCCAGAGACUGGGGCUCUUCAAAGACAACGAUGAUGAUGAGGAUUAACUGACUGCACCAAACAAACUCGGACCAGGAUUUUUCUUACUUAUAUUCAAUUUCCAAAGAAAUCUUUUUACUUAA